AUGCGCACACCCACGUACCCGGUUUCUGCGAUAGAUGAAGAGGAGGACGUGGUCGACAAGGCUUCAAAAGAUUUCAUCGCGGGCGAUUUUCCGAUAGCAGUAAGCGACAAAGAAAAAAAGGCGCCGAAUGCCACACGACCGCUGCCAGGCACACUGCCGAAAAGCGCGGGAGAUUUGACAAGCGCGUCACGAGCUCUUUUGAUGCGGCUUUUGGAGAGAGACCCCAAAGUGCGAAUGCGCAGCUUGCGCCAACUUCAGCAGUCUGCCCUCUAUAUGGGCUUCAACUUCGAACACGUAAAGUCGAAGAAGAUGUCACCGAAGUCAAUAUUGGAACGCCAUUUUCCUUUAGUUAAAGCGUCAACUAACGGUUCACUUAACAUCGUUUCAAAGGACUUCACGGCAUUCGAUCAAUCGAUUAUUUCAGAC